GCGCUGGGAGCCCUGUGAAGUCCUCUAGCCCGCCCCCCUUGCCCACUCCCCACUUCCCGAGCUGGCUCGGUGUUUAGGGAGGGCAGUGAUCACGCAAGCCGGAGCAGCGGGCUGACGUUGGACGAGCUGCCAGGUAGCUGAAAGCAGGCAGCGAAGCAGCGGAAAUACUUCCAGCUUGUCAAGCCUGGGUCUGGAGUGGAAGCCUCCCAGAAUCCGAGCCAGCUGGUUUUAACCUUCGCGAAUUGCAAUCCCCUCUCCCCAAAGCCAGUCCUCGCAGAGCGAGCAGCAGGAUGUUUGCAGUGUCGCGCCCAGAGCUCUGAGACAGAGCCUUCUGAUACAUCUACACGCCUUUCUUUUAGGGCUUUUUGGCUGCUGGCUACACUGAUGUGACCCCCCCUCCCUUUUGGAAUGAUGGGGAUCUUUUUGGUAUAUGUUGGAUUUGUUUUCUUUUCCGUUUUAUAUGUACAACAAGCGCUUUCUUCCCAAGCAAAAUUCACCGAGUUUCCACGGAACGUGACGGCCAUCGAGGGGCAGAAUGUGGAGAUGUCCUGCGCUUUCCAGAGCGGCUCGGCCUCAGUGUACCUUGAGAUCCAGUGGUGGUUCCUGCGGGGGCCCGAGGACCUGGAGUCCGGGGCUGAGGUGGCCGGCGCGCAGGUGGAGCUCUUACCAGAGAGAGAUCCAGACAACGACGGGACAAAGAUCAGUACAGUGAAAGUCCAAGGCAAUGACAUCUCCCACAAGCUUCAGAUUUCCAAAGUGAGGAAAAAGGAUGAAGGCUUAUAUGAGUGCAGGGUGACCGAUGCCAAUUACGGAGAGCUUCAGGAACACAAGGCCCAGGCCUACCUGAAAGUCAAUGCCAACAGCCACGCUCGGAGGAUGCAGGCCUUCGAAGCCUCUCCCAUGUGGCUGCAAGACAUGAAGCCCCGCAAGAACGUCUCUUCGGCUGUUCCCAGCAUCAUCCACAGCUCUGCCAACCAGCAGCGUGCGUACUCCACCUCCAGCCCUCAAGCGGCAGCCAAAAUCCCCAAACAAAGUCCACAAUCAGGUGCGAGGAUAGCUACAAGCCAUGGACUUUCUGUCCUGCUUCUUGUUUGUGGCUUUGUGAAGGGUGCUUUGCUUUAAUCUAAAGUGCUGACUUUUUUCCAAUAUCACUUUCUCUUCUUAAAGCAAAGAGCAAAUCGCCUGUAAAAUCUACGGAGCGGACAGCAAAGUUGACCCUAAACUCCAAGCACCACUCUGCACCCACUGUACUCUAAUUACCUACACAAGGAGCACCUGCUUCCGGAAGCAUAAACGAAGAGGCUAUCACACGUUUUGUUGAUAAUAUUUUCUUUGGCAAAUCACUGAUCUUUUUAUUUCAAGAGAAUUAAUGUGAAGCGAUAGGACAUUUUCUAACAGCAAGAUCUUUUUUCCCCCCUUUUCCUUCGGCGAUUUACGGCAUCAUCUCAUUGACUGCUCAGGGAUUGGCCUGAACGUCAUCUGUCUAGUAAAUACUUACUGUGGAACCCACUGAUUUCCUACUCGCUCAGAGACCCUUUCUCUCCAGCAAGCAAACAGAGAUCGAAAGGAUACAGAACACAAACUAUGAAUUAAACAAAACCCCCGUGUUGGGGCAAGAACAAAAUUAUCAAUACUGCAAGUCAACCAAGAGAACAUUAUUUUAAGUAAGGAAUAAGAAAAGAUUUUUUUUUUUAAUUGUCCUUUCUUUCCUGAAUUUUUCUUCUGUUUUUUGGCAUGUCUCUUGUUCAAUGGUGGCAACUGCUGAUUACGGCCAAUCCCUGUUAAUCCUGGGAGGUUCAUAGAAAUAAUUUCGAGUGAUCUGUAUUUCAGUGUAUUUUAAUUCAUUUCACAAUUCCUGUAUAUGCAAACCUGACAAAUUCUGUAAAUUGCUUACAGUACGUGUGAUAUAACUUCAAAGUAGAUAUAUUAUGACCCUCAUGCAAGCUGAUUUUUAUCAUUAUAUAUAUAUAUACAUAUAUAUACAUAUAAAUAUCUGUAUGUCAAGCCAUCAACCAACUUUUUUGAUAAAGCAUUUGUUUUUCAUUUAUAAUUCAUAUAUUGUGUGAAUUUCGUAAUGCGUUGUUUCACUUCCACAGGUUUGACAGCUGCAGAUGGUCUCUGUUGCCCUCUGCUUCCUUCUGGAAAAUGCACAUUGAACAUUGUAUGGCCUCUUAUGAAUGAAUUAAUUUUAUUAUGUGUAUGCAGUGUUGGAAUUUGCUAUGUUCCUUUCAUAUAUGGUGUUUAUUAAAUUUUCAGGGUCUUCUGACUCUGAAGAAUGCCCACUCUGGUUUUGACACCUAUUUCUGAACUAUUAUUAUUACUGUCAAAAAAGGAAUGUUAUUUCUAGGAAUUCUGCCUUGAAGGGGAAUGUGGAGGAGGUGAUGAGGUCACUAUUAUUCCCUAAAUUUAUGGAAAAACACUUCUUGUUAUGGCUAAAAAUGCUGCUUCCUUUGACUUUUAUGAAUUUUUGUAACUUUGUCAUUCUGUUAUUUGCUGCUAAUUACAUUUUAAUGUCUCCUAAUUAAAAAUUAAAAUUUGGUUGCUGGCUGAAUAUAAUAUGCAAAGGAUGACUGCAAAUCACUAAAGAAGAUAAUGUGUUCACUUGUCACUAGUUAAGUGAAUUAUAAUUUUAAAUAUUCCAUUCUUAUUUUUGGCUUUAUGAUAAUUCAGACUAUUUUUAUUUAGAAUCUGGUUUCUACUCUUCAAAAAAAAAAAAAAGAUCAGCAGAACUAUUAAUGUGUUCCAUAUACACCAUGGAAUAGUUACAGGUUGAGAUAGAAAUGACCGAAGUUUUCCUUCCAGAGAGAUUCUUCCAUUUUUUUUCAUUACAAAACUAGAAAAUCAUCUGUGUGUGACCAUCAGCUCCCAGCCUAAGGUUCAGAACAGAAGCUUGAAGGCAAUGAAUACCUCUGCUUUUCAAAGGUAAAUGCAUUUGAUUUUCUGCAGCUCAACUAAGAGAAAUGUGCAUAUUUUCACAAUAUUCUUGGCAUUAUUUUCUGAGACAUAAUGUUUCAUGCAAAUGCUUCUAUUGCCAUUUUCCCUGGUUGGUUAGGUUUAUUAUUUUAGUUGAAUGAGAAAAAUAAAUAAAGGUUUUGAUUGUGCUAUUUUAUUAACCUA